CUCCCUCUGUUUGGUUGAUGUUUUGCGAGUUGUUGCGAACGUUAUAACGUCGUUUAAGAACUAUUGAACAUUUUUUUGUUCAUACGUUUUCAGGAAUGGUUGGGACUGGUUUAUUGGCUGUAUGUCUAUUUCUUGUCGAUUCCGUGAAGGGGCAGGAAGGAGUGACGCACACACUUGUUAAACGAGGAGCAAGGCCAUCUAACUGCUAUCACCAGUGCGAUACAGGUUGCCCUAACGGUAUAUAUCGCAGGUGCGACGGAGUUUGCUAUAACGGUUAUUGCAAUUGCAAUCCUGGCUGGACUGGUCAGUACUGCAAAGAAAUAGACUGUAACAGCGGCCUGUACUGCAAGAACGGAGGUACAUGUAACACUGUAACUGGAGGUCAGAGCUAUGAGUGCACAUGUCGGAGUGGAUAUACUGGAACAAACUGUACAUUGAUUGAUUGUAACAGCGGCGUAUACUGUAAAAACGGCGGCACUUGUCGGGCCACAAACGAAGGUCUAGACUAUCAGUGCACAUGCACCAAGGGUUGGACAGGGAAGAACUGUACAUCAAGAGGUAUUCGAAUAUGCUUGAUAUUUUGUUGACCUUGACCUCGUAGUUCACUACGACCAAAGCUGAUUGUUAUAAUGUACAAU